CCGCCCCGCCGCCGCCAGCGCCGCCGGCGGGGACGGGGCCGACAGCGGCCCCGCGGCGGGGGCUCGGCUGCCCGCGGUGCCGGGGCGCCCCGCCGCCUCCCCUGGGCCGGGCGCGGGAGGGGACGCGGGGCGGCCGUGCUGCUGCUGCCGGCCGGGGCUGCUGCCCCCCGCCAGGCUCCCCUGCUGCUGCGGCGGCGGCUGGGACGGGGCGGAGGUCCUGGGCGGGGGCGGCUCGGCGGGGCCGCGGCCGCCCGCCAGCUGCGAUUCCAGGGAUCCCACCAGGUCGCUGAGCGCCUUCUCGUCCACCUCCUCGGAGAAGAGCAGCAUCUCUUCCAGGGGGUCCGACGCGCCCGCCGCCAUCUUGCGCUGAGCUGGGAGCCGGCGCCGCACCGCGCACGCGCGGGGCUCUGCUGCGCGCGGGGCAUCAUGGGAGGGGCGGGGCCGAGGCACCGCCCCGGGGAGGGACCGGGAACAACCAGAGACGGGCUGGGAACACCGGGAACAGCCAGAGACGGGCUGGGAACAGCCAGAGACAGACUGGGAACACCGGGAACAGCCGGAGACGGGCUGGGAACACCGGGAACAGCCAGGGACGGGCUGGGAACACCGGGAACAGCCAGAGACAGACUGGGAACACCGGGAACAGCCAGAGUUGGAGCGGGAACAGCCAGAGACGGGCUGGAAACACCGGGAACAGCCAGAGACAGACUGGGAACACCGGGAACAGCCAGAGUUGGAGCGGGAACAGCCAGAGACGGGCUGGAAACACCGGGAACAGCCAGAGACGGGCUGGGAACACCGGGAACAGCCAGAGACGGGCUGGGAACACCGGGAACAGCCAGAGACGGGCUGGGAACACCGGGAACAGCCAGAGACAGACUGGAAACACCGGGAACAGCUAGAGUUGGAGCGGGAACAGCCGGAGACAGGAUGGGAACACCGGGAACAGCCAGAGUUGGAGCGGGAACAGCCGGAGACCGCUCGGGAACACUCGGGACCGCCCGAGGGACUGACUGGGACCGCCUCAGACACCGCCCCUGUGUCCGCCCGUGUGCCAUCCCCGGGACCCGGCGGGCGCGGCAGAGGCUGCGGUGCCGCUGGAGAAGCCGCGGGCAGCACCGUGUGCCGGGCGCUGCCGCAGGAUGCGGGAUGUGGAGCAGCCCCUGCCCGCCGGUAUCCGCAGGGACCCCGCGGGCAGGGCCCAGCCCGGUGCCGUCCCCGGCCCGCCCGGGGGAACCGACGGACCCGCCCGGGCUGCCCCGCACCGGCCCCUGGGCGGGAGCUGCGCCGCGGGAGCUGCCCCGGGCCCUCCGCCCCUCGGCUGCCCCGCUCCGUGUGCGCUGCGGGCUGUGCGUGUCCGAACCCACUGCUCUCCCGCACCACGGCGGCUGCGGGGAUACAAUUUCCUAGCGGGGACGCUGUUGGAAGACGACAACUUGUAAACCAAAAAUAAGACUCUCUGCAUCACCACAGCAGCUGCUGCGGUGUGCUGAUCCCGCAGCAUCCCCACGGGAGAUGUAAGGUAGUUCAUUUUGUUACUAACACUUUGGCCAUCGCGCUCCUGUGUGCCCUUUUCCCAUCGACACUUCCUCUCGCACUCGGAAAUACCAUUUAAGAGAAAGACGGUAGUCCUAAAUCAUCAUUUUUAUAACUAAUGACAGGGCAGUGCCUUUGAUGAGACCCUCCAAAUAAAAAGUUUCCCCCUAUGAUGGGGAAUCCUCACAGAUUUAUGCUCCAGGCAGCAGACAGAGAUUGGAUUGCAGCUCUGUCCCUGCUGCCCUGCAAUAGCAGGAUUUCCUAGAAAACUGAGUCAGGUGUCUCAGUGAAUAACCCCCCUUCGAUUGCUCACUGCGCUGGUGGGAGCAGGUGAAGGGCUCUCAGUGCACUCCGCUCCUCUCCAGUCCCAACUCCAUCUGUUCAUACCCUGUACAACCCUCUGGAGUCACCACACUCAACUGCUCUGUUACCUUCUCUUUCCUCUCAAUGAAGGUCACAUUUUUAUUCAGGAUAGUUUUUCCUGAUUGUCCUUUAGGAGCAGGUUUGUGAUGAAUCAAAAUAAACCGCUCUUAAAACGCAUUAAAUAUGGGUUGCACCAGUUUAAUUAGGAUAAGUUUAAAUGUCUCUUGAAACUAAACCAGUGCAUAUUUCUUCAAUAAAGUGGCCAGUAAAAUACUGAAAGCCCAAAGGUGUGGUCAGGAUGUAUGAGCAGGAGAUGGUGCAGUAAGUGAAUGGGAAAGCACAGCAGUGGUUAUGAAAGGCAGCAUUAAAUGUACACAAGAGGUCUAUACAUCAAAAAUUUGCUUAGCAAAUGAGUAUUGCUUUUGUGGAGUGCUACAGCUGAAUUAAAUUUGGAUUUUUAACAAAUGUUUCUACCUGGAAAUUUAAUUAAAACAUAGUAGAUGCUGUGACUAUUUGUUAUUGCACAAAUAGAAAGAAUAAUAAUUUGGGUUGGGAAAAAUAUCAAUCUAUCCAAUCUGUGUUAUGAGUCACACAUUUUAUUGAUUUUAUCAGAGAACAUUUCAUUAAUCCCUCAGUUGCCCUGAUCUUGGACUUCAUUUGCAUACCACCAUCUCCAGAGUUUUCAUAAGAGAAUGAAAAGUUAGACAUGUGAUUCUGCAAUUAGUACUGACUAUGAAACAAAUUUUAAUGUCCAUUUUUCUGUGGCAUUAAACUGGGUGUGUCCAUAAAAACCACCCUGGAGGAAACUUUAUUGCUUCGUAACUUCAGAAGAUAAAAGUCACAUUCCCACCGGAAGGAGAAAAUGGCAAGUAUUAAAAUUUUAACAGGUAUUUGUGGGUGGUAAAUCUAUAGAACAUUUAUUAGUAUUUCUUCCCACUCACCUCUUCUAAAUUGAGCCAUUUUUUAUAUAUAUAUAUAAACACACAGAGUAAGAAAGUACAAUAGAAUGUUUUAUUUAAUAAAACAUGAUGGACAGUAACUCACACUGGACUGCUUUCAAGUCAAGAGGUGAGGACAUACCUAAGAAUAUCUAUAAACUUGCUGCUGAAAGUGGUUUUGGGCUUGGGCUUUCACAUAGAGAACAAGACUUCUAGUAAAGCACAGAAUCUCUGUGAACUUUUUUAUUCAUUCUUCUGCUAUAAAAUUACUUUUCAAAUAUUCACAUGUGUUUCAUCACAGAAAACAUUUCUGAACAUAUUUAUUGCUCUUUCGUUUUUAGGAAUUAUAUAUGUAAAGAAUAUUAAAAAAAAAAAAAUCAAAGAUAAAGAAUAGUCUUUAGGGAAGUUAACUUCCAACCAUGGUCUUAAAAUUGCCUGUGAAAGAAAAUCCACCACAGAACUUGCUGAGCUGCUCUUCAGCUCUCUAUACUGCAAAACCCUGUGCCCUGUUUCCAGCCCAGGUUUGUCACCAAUAACUCAGUACACAAUAGGAUCCCUCUGCCAUGUUCAGCUGCACAGUGAUAACAGGUCACAAACAGCUUCUUGUCUUCUAAAGAGGUGAAAGUGCUUAGAAAGGAGCACUAUUUUCCUGGUUCUGUGUUUCUCUAAAAUACACACUUUCAGUGCCUUCAAUAUGCAAUUCAACUACCUUAACUUUAAAUUUAACAUCAAGAUGGUACCUACCAGGUUCAAAUCAGAUUUUCAGAUUGCUUCUUAAAAUGAACUUACAGAACUCUUUACCUCUAUUACUGAAAUUUACUUUACACUAUAAAAAUAUUUCUUUAACUGCUGAUUUUAAGUAUGACUUGGAAAUGAUAAAUUCCCAACAUUGGAGAGCACAAAGAUGACUAGAAAACAAGCAGCUGCCCUAGGAAUAGCAUAGAACUGUUUAGGUUGAAAAAGACCUCUGAGAUUCCCCCAGCACUGCCAAGGUCACCACAAACCCAUGUUCCCAAGUGCCACAUCCACACGUCUUUAAAUCCCUCCAGGGAUGGGGACUCUACCACUGCCCUGGGCAUCCUGUUCCAGCACCUGACCACCCUUUCUGUGAAGAAAUUUUUCCUAUUUUCCAACCUGAUCCUCCCCCGGCACAGCUUGAGGCCAAUUCCCUCUUGUCCUGUCCCUUGUUCCCUGGGAGCAGAGCCCAAGUCCCACCUGGCUCCCCCCUCCUGUCAGGGAGUUGUGAGAGUGAGAAGGUCCCCCCUGAGCCUCUUUUUCUCCAGCCUGAGCCCCCCCAGCUCCCUCAGCCCCUCCUCAUAAGAUUUCUGCUGUAGACCCUUCACCAAACCCAGGUCAACUGCUUGGAAGGCAGAAUAUGUUUAAAUUCAGUUUCAUGUAUCUCAGUUGCAAAGGAAUUUCAUUUUUAUAUAUGACUUGUAGAAAUUUUGGAGCUCUUCAAGUUAGUUGUAAAUACUUCUCUACUCACCUAGACAGGACUUGAUGGAGAGGCUCAGGAAUAUUUGACAUCAAGAAGGCUACAAUUUAACCCUUAAGCUUUUCAAGGGGGUUGUUUUCUAUUCCUAACUUUUUUUUUUUUUUUUUUUUAAUUCAUUCUGGCCAACUUCUCUCUUUCCGAAACUUGCAAGUUGUUUCAGAAAAGAGCAUCCAGCCUGUUCAGGCUCCAGAGGAGACACUGGAAGGGGACCCCAUCCAUGUCUGUCAGUGUGUGCAGGGAGGGGGCAGAGGCUGGAGCAGGCUCUGCUCGGGGGGCCCAGCAAUGGCACAGGAGGAAUGGGCAGGAACUGAUGCCCAGGAAGGUCCAGCUGGACAGGAGGAAGAACUUCUUUGCUGGGCAGUGACCCAGCCCUGAACAGAGACCAGAGAGGGUGUGGAGUCUCCUCCCUGGGGAUAUUCCAGAACCAUCUGGACACAAUCCUGUGCUGUGUGCUCUGGGAUGACCCUGCUGGAGCAGAUGACCCACUGUGGUCCCUUCCAACCUGACCCACUCUGUGAUACCGUGAAAAAUAAACUCUGACAGUUUUCCACUUGAA